AGAUUCGCGGUGGGUCCCAUUUCCUACGAUGAUUCGCUUCGUCAAUCCUACACAACCAUCGCAUUCGCACACGAUUUUUAAACCAUGCGCCACUACUAGUCCAUGCUCUGACCAUAUAUAAUGCGCCGGCGGUGCGCAUGGAGAUAAGCUACGCAUCGCCAAGUUUCUCCGACCUCUCCGCCGCCGCCAGCUCCUCCAUGCCGUCGUCGGUCACCGCCGCCCGUCCCGUCAGGAUCAUCCCCCUGCAGCACCCGACCGCCACGUCCUCCUCGCCCACGCCGACUGAAGCCUUCGCGCGCUGGGCCGCGAGGCUCCGGCGAAUGACGUGGCUCGAAUGGAUCGAGUUCUGCCUUCCGUGCGUCCGUUGGAUUCGCACAUACAAAUGGCGCGAGUAUUUGCAGGUCGAUCUCAUGGCCGGAAUCACCGUCGGCGUCAUGCUCGUUCCUCAGUCGAUGUCGUAUGCGAAAUUGGCUGGACUUCAACCGAUAUAUGGACUCUACUCUGCUUUUGUGCCGAUAUUUGUAUAUGCUAUAUUUGGGUCUUCUCGCCAGCUUGCAGUAGGCCCGGUGGCAUUGGUUUCUCUCUUGGUCUCUAAUGUGCUAGGUAGCAUAGUUGAUUCAUCCAGUGAAUUAUACACACAGCUGGCAAUAUUACUGUCCCUUAUGGUUGGGAUAAUGGAGUGCAUAAUGGGAAUCUUGAGGCUUGGGUGGCUGCUUCGUUUCAUUAGCCAUUCAGUGAUUUCUGGCUUUACAACUUCUUCAGCUAUUGUCAUCGGUUUAUCUCAAGCGAAAUACUUCUUGGGGUAUGAUAUAGACAAAAGUAGCAAGAUCAUUCCGGUGGUUAAGAGUAUAAUAGCUGGUGCAGAUAAGUUUUCAUGGCCCCCUUUUUUGAUGGGAUGCAUUAUGCUUGCAAUACUACUUGUUAUGAAACACCUGGGAAAAUCGAGGAAGUACUUGCGAUUCAUGAGAGCUGCAGGUCCUCUUACAGCAGUAGUUCUUGGAACAAUUUUUUCAAAAAUAUUUCAUCCAUCAUCAAUUUCUUUGGUGGGAGAUAUACCUCAAGGCCUACCAAAUUUUUCUGUGCCAAAAGCUUUUGAGUAUGCACAGUCCUUAAUUCCAACUGCUCUUCUCAUAACUGGUGUGGCAAUAUUGGAAUCUGUGGGAAUUGCCAAGGCAUUAGCAGCGAAGAAUGGGUACGAGUUGGAUUCAAACCAAGAGUUGUUUGGUCUUGGUGUUUCCAAUGUUCUUGGUUCAUUCUUUUCAGCAUACCCCACUACAGGAUCCUUUUCAAGGUCAGCUGUAAAUCAUGAAAGUGGUGCAAAAUCUGGAGUAUCUGGAAUUGUUUCAGGAAUUAUAAUUACGUGUGCACUUUUGUUUCUAACACCAUUGUUUGAGUACAUACCCCAGUGUGCUCUUGCUGCCAUUGUGAUCUCUGCUGUCAUUGGCUUGGUAGAUUAUGAGGAGGCCAUUUUUCUGUGGCGUGUAGAUAAGAAAGAUUUUCUUCUUUGGACCAUUACCAGCAUUACAACAUUGUUCCUUGGUAUUGAGAUUGGUGUCCUUGUUGGGGUUGGGGUUUCACUUGCUUUUGUCAUUCAUGAGUCAGCCAAUCCACAUAUCGCUGUUUUGGGUCGUUUGCCCGGGACAACUGUUUAUAGAAAUGUUAAACAGUAUCCUGAAGCAUAUACAUACAAUGGAAUUGUAAUUGUUCGCGUCGAUGCUCCAAUUUAUUUUGCAAACACAAGUUACAUAAAGGACAGGUUGCGUGAAUAUGAAGUUCAUGUUGAUAGUUCUAAAAGCCGUGGACCUGAGGUUGAGAGAAUUUAUUUUGUGAUUCUAGAGAUGGCACCUGUGACCUAUAUAGAUUCCAGUGCUGUUCAGGCUUUGAAAGAUUUGUAUCAGGAGUACAAAUUACGGGAUAUUCAGAUUGCAAUAUCCAAUCCAAGCCCAGAAGUUCUGCGUACCUUGUCAAAAUCGGGUCUGGUGGAGUUGAUAGGCAAAGAAUGGUACUUUGUGAGAGUACAUGACGCUGUUCAAGUUUGCUUGCAGCAUGUUCAAAGCUUGAAAGUUGGAUCAAACAGUUCACAAUCAGAAGACAAACCAGGUUUCUUAUCGCGGUUAUUUAAAGAGAGAGGGGAGAACCUUUCGAUUACUGACUUGGAGUCUGGUAAUGGCAGGCCUCCACUCCCCAGGGACAGAGAUUCCCAAUUGGAGCCAUUGUUGCCAAAAGAACGUUGAAGUCUGAUUUGUAUCGUAUAGUAGAAAAAUGUAUUUAGUCAUUCUUUCAACAAAAAAAAAGAAAAUCCAAUGAGUAGGUUAAACCCGGUGUAAUCAAGCCAGUGUUUAAAAAUAAUGUGUAAUAUUCGAUUGGUCGAUUGUUGUAAAAUGUACUAGAUGAAUUUUUAAGAAUGGAUUUUAUUGUGUAACUCUAGUUUCAUCCAUGCAUAGUAAGUAAUCCAAUCAGCUUAUAUGCCCUUA